UUUCCACCCACGGCGCGAAGGUCGGUCAAAGUUCCGCGUGUGUCUCCGCUUCUGAUGCCACGUGUGCGAGUGUUUGUGUUGUUCUCUCGGUGAGAAGUUGCUUGCGAAUGAUGAAUUUUGCCAAACGGGAGCGAAAAUCAUCGUAAAGUGUUUUGCACUUUGCAGUCGAGUUUCAGUUGGGAAAGAGAUUGCGUAUUCAGCGUGUAGUACGGACUGUUUACGCCACCACGUUGGAAUCGAUUUUCCGCACAGACUACGGCGACGACCUUCACUCACUUCCGGUGCUUCGGGUGGGAUUGUGUUGUGUCCUGGCAGUGGUGGUGCUGGUCGUUGGAGCGAUAAAAUGGUGCACCGUUGCGGGUUGUUGUAAAUCACCCGGGAAAACCCUGCUCCAAACUCAGGUGUGAUGGCCGAGCCACUGUCGCCGUCGGCAAGUUCGAGCUUCAAGCAGAACUUUGAUCUCGUGACCCCGGAGUUUGAGGAGGAUCCGAAGCUGCUGUGGGGCGUUCCCGUGCCGCCGUUCGUAUCCGACAAAGUGGUCUCCUGGGUGGAGGAAAACUUUCCCAGCCCUUCGCCACCGCCACCCAUCGAGUUCAGGGGGCUCAACGUGCUGAAGAAGAUUGAAAAUGUGCGGAUGAUAGACAGAUACAACAGCAAAAAUCCAACGGUUGGGGUGCUGUACCUUACGGCAACGCACCUCAUAUUCGUCGAUCCGGACGCCAACAAGGAGACAUGGGUCCUGUACAUGCACAUUGCUGGCGUGGAGAAGCUCCCCCUCAGCACGACCGGAUCGCCGCUGCUGAUUCGGUGCAAAACAUUCCUCUCGAUCACGUUCGUCAUUCCGAAGGAACGUGAGUGCCAUGACGUGUACACGACGCUGAUGAAGCUGUACCAGCCGGUCAACAUCAAGAAUCUCUACUGCUUCCAGUACACGACGGCAACGAAGGAUUUGCCCAAGUCGGCUGGCUGGGAUUACUUUAAGCUGGAGAAUGAGUUCCGGCGGAUGCGCGCCCCGAACGACCAGUGGGCACCGUGUGUGCUGAACCAGAACUACGAGCUGUGCGACACGUAUCCGCAGCAGUUGUACGUGCCGGUGGAGGCUAGCACCGCAAUGCUGCUGGGGAGUUCCCGCUUCCGGUCCAAGGGGCGCCUGCCGGUGUUGACCUACUUGCACUCAAACCGGGCGUCCAUUUGCCGGUGCAGCCAGCCCCUGUCUGGAUUUAGCGCCCGCUGUCUUGAGGACGAACAAAUGCUCGAGGCCAUUCGGCGAACCAAUUCCAACUGUGGAUUUAUGUACGUCGUCGACACCAGGCCAAGGAUUAACGCGAUGGCCAACCGGGCCGCCGGCAAGGGCUACGAGAACGAGGCAAACUACGAGAACAUCAAGUUUCAGUUUCUUGGCAUCGAAAACAUCCACACGAUGCGGACCAGCCUGCAGAAGGUGAUUGAGUGCUGCGAGCAAAAAUCACCCACGAUGAAUAGCUUCCUGGGCGCGCUUGAGUCUUCCGGCUGGCUCAAGCACAUUCGGUCGAUACUGGAUACCUCCAGCUUCAUCGCCAACGCCGUGGACAAGGGCAUCUCCGUCGUCGUUCACUGCUCGGAUGGGUGGGAUCGAACCGCUCAAGUUUGCUCUCUGGCCGCCCUGAUGCUGGAUCCGUACUACCGCACCAUCAAAGGAUUUCAGGCUCUCAUCGAGAAGGACUGGCUCGCCUUUGGGCACAAGUUUAGCGACCGCUGCGGCCACAUCCAGAACGACCCGAAGGAGGUCUCGCCGGUGUUUACCCAGCUGCUGGACUGCACCUGGCAGCUGAUGCAGCAGCGGAACGAUGCGUUCGAGUUCAACGAGCGGUUCCUGCUGAUUCUGCACGAUCACGUGAUGUCGUGUCAGUUUGGUACGUUCGUUGGCAAUUGCGAGAAGGACCGGUUGGAUCUGCGGCUGGCGGAGAAGACGUUUUCGCUGUGGGGCUUCAUGUCGAACCACUUGAACGAGUACAUUAACCCGCUGUAUCGGCCGGAAAUGGACGAAACCAUCCGGCCGAAUUUGGCGCCGCAGUGCAUCAAGUUUUGGCGCGGAAUGUACAGCCGGUUCGAGAGUGGAAUUCAUCCGCGGGAACCGCUGGACGAUUUGUUGAUUGCCAGUAAGGACCACUCGACGUCGCUGGAUGACCACGUGCAGCUUCUUACGAGGCGCAUCAACAGCUUCAAGAACAUGAUCUCCAAGUCGGCGAAACGGCUCCAGGGGAACAAGUACGUGGACAACCGUGGCAUCGAGGUGAACGACAACCGGUACAACUAUGACAAGAGACUGAGCGAGCUUUCCUGCGCGGACGACGAUCACCCGCUGAAGACUUCCAACUUUUCCUUUUCCAACCUUGCUACCACCGAGUACAACGAGAACAACGUGGACGUGGCCGCGGUAACGGACGAGAUCAACUCGGUUGCGAUCGACUGGAAGCCGCUGCGCAGCGUGCCCAACUGCCCGUCCUGCUCGAUCCCGUUCGAUCAGAUCACCAAGAAGCAGAACCACUGUUGGAAGUGCGGCGAUGUGUUUUGCAGCCGAUGCAUCGACAAAACCGCCGCCCUGCCCGGCCACGAAAGUGGUAACCCGGUGCCCGUCUGCCGGAACUGUUUCCGCGAGGUGCAGCAAGUUAGUCCGUAAGCAGUGAUCAGGGUUUGAAUGUAGCAUUUCCUUCCUUCCUUAUUUUAUUGUGUACCUCCCCAAUGUGAAUUCCUUUCGGUUGGCUCACCGGGACCGGCAUGGCUAGGUUUAAGUUGUUACGAACUGUUUUACACUUACACAAAAAUAUUUACACAUCACGAUUGAGUUCUCCCCCCAAAUAGCUUUAAUUUUUAGAAAUAUCAGCCAAGAAGAAUUUUGUUAAAUAGAUUAGCAAAUAGGAAAGACAUCCAGUUGAAGUCUGUUUUACACAUAGCUUAUGUUAUUAUGUUUGUGAAUGUGAUACUACUUUGAAUUUCAGCUUUUUGCUAAAAACAGGAAAAAGAAACAUAAACAAAUGCGCAUGUGUGUUGGCGCUUUCGUAUUGUGGAUAAACCCAAGUCAUAUGACGCAAAAAAAAAACGAAAUGAAUGUAUAAAUUAGUCAUCUCUAAAAGGCGCCCCCGCUGGCCAAAAUAUGCUAUGCCGAGCACGCAAAAAAAAGUGACACCGUUUCUCUAUACUUAUUCCUCAGCACACCUUUUAAAUGAAAACAUUAAGAAAUCAUGCACAACGGCACGGCACACGCGGUGUCGGUAGCAUAUUUUGGAGUGGUAGCCUUAGGAAUCAAAAGUUAUAAACUUUGUGGAAAAAUAUGUAAAAUUUGUUGCUGAUACUGAAAAAUGUUUUAAACUGAAAUCAUGAAAAAUCAAUGUAUUGAAAAUAAAAGAAAGUAUUAUAUCUGGAA